GUGCUUCCAGUGUCUGAAAUCAAUCCAUUAGAGAUUCUUUCCUUUGAGUUAAGUAUGGUUGUCUCUGAGCUACUAUUUAAAACACAAUUAGGUUCACAUCUCAGUAACAAUCAGUUCUUCUGACAUUACUUUUCAUGACAUAGCCUUGGGUAUUCUAGGAUCACAGAAAUUAUAAGGAAGUGAUGGAGGAGCACUGGAAAAAGGCAGCUAGGUUGCUCUCCCUAAUCAUUUCUUUUUGUCUCUUAUAGGUCCUGUGAUUUUAUCUCCUUCUUCAGUCUCUAUCUCUUACUACCAACUAUGAACUCCUGCAACUUCACCCACACCACUUUCAUUCUCAUAGGCCUCCCAGGACUGGAAGAUAUCCAAUUCUGGAUAGCCUUCCCUCUUCUGUCCAUGUAUGUUGUAGCAGUGCUGGGCAACUGUAUAGUGGUUUUCAUUGUGAGGACAGAACAUAGCCUACAUGCCCCCAUGUACCUCUUCCUUUGCAUGUUGGCAGCUAUUGACCUGGCCCUCUCUACCUUCACAAUGCCCAAGAUCCUUGCUCUUUACUGGUUCAACUCUCAGGAGAUCACCUUUAAUAUGUGUCUCACCCAGAUGUUCUUCAUCCAUGCUCUUUCAGCCACUGAGUCCACUGUCCUUUUGGCCAUGGCCUUUGACCGUUACAUGGCCAUCUGCCACCCUCUUCGGCAUGCAGCUGUGCUCACCAACACUGUCACCGCUCGGAUAGGGAUAGUAGCUGUGGUGAGGGGUUCUAUCUUUUUCUUCCCAUUUCCAUUGCUCAUCAAGAGGCUUCCUUUCUGUGACUCAAACAUCCUUACCCAUUCCUACUGUGUGCAACAAGACAUGAUGAAGCUGUCCCAUGCUGACAUCACACCCAAUGUGGUUUAUGGGCUCACUGCCAUCCUUAUGGUUAUGGGUGUUGAUGCUAUGCUCAUCUCUGUUUCUUACUUUCUGAUUAUACGAACUGUGCUACAGCUCCCAUCUCGGACAGAACGGGCAAGAGCCUUUGGAACAUGUAUCUUACACAUUAUUGUGGUUCUGACAUUUUAUGUGCCAUUAGUUGGUCUAUCUGUGGUUCACCGUUUUGGGAACAGCCUCAAUCCCAUUGUACAUGUGCUUAUGGGAAAUAUCUACCUCAUGGUACCACCUGUCCUCAACCCUAUCAUCUAUGCUGCCAAAACCAAGCAGAUCCGAUCCCGUGUGUUGGCCAUGUUCAAGAUCACCUGUGAUGAGGAGCUUCAGGCUGAUAGUAGCAGCUGA